UCUUGGGCUUGUCUUCAUUUGUUAAGGUUUAUUUUUCUAAAGGGGGGCAGGGCCCAAGUCUUCCCAUAGAAAAACUAUACAGAUAUCACCCUAGCUGUUUUGCUUUGUUUUGAUAUAGGGGCUAUUAUGUAGCUUCAGCUGUCCUUGGACUCACUAUGUCCACUGGGCUAGACUUGAAAUCACAAAGAUCCUCCUGCCUCUGUUCCCUCCAGUACAAUGACUAAAGGUGUGGUACCCUAGCUAGUUUUAAUCUUCAAAGAUGUUCGCCUGAGUGUUCCCCAGUCACCAAGGACAACAGGUGACUCAGUAAAUAUCUAUUCACAAUGACAUUUAAGGUAAAGGGGUACCAUGUUGUGGCACUAACAAGGACCAAGCCUCAGGUUGGCUGUAAAAGUCCUCACUAAAUGUGCCUUGGCGUAUUACAUGACAUAUGCCACCAUAUGCCAUGUCAGAAGAGCUCAGAUUCUCUGUGGCUGGAUUGCCUCAGGCUGAGCUUCUUCCAUGGCUCCUGCAGGUUUCCCAGCCUCCCUUCCUCUGUGUGUGUGUCUGCUGCUGGCCUCAGGCUUUGCCCAGGCAGGCAGGCUGCUGGUGGUGCCCAUGGAUGGGAGUCACUUGUUCACCAUGCAGUCGGUUGUGGAGAAGCUCAUCCACAGAGGGCAUAAGGUGGUGGUAGUUGUGCCAGAGGUGAGUUGGCAACUGAGAAAAUCCCUGAAUUUUACAAUGAAAAUGAACUCUGUUUCUUACACUCUGAAAGAAUUGAGCCACUGCUUCAAGUUUUUUGCUCACAAUCAAUGGAAAACUGAGGAAGUAGGAAUGUUUUCUUUGCUAAAGAAUCCAGGCAGAGGUUUCUUUGAAUUACUGUUUUCACACUGUAUGGAUUUGUUUAGCGACAAGAAGUUAGUGGAGUACCUGAAGAAGAGGUCUUUUGAUGCUGUGUUUCUGGAUCUUUUCGAUGUGUGCAGCUUGACUGUUGCCAAGUACUUGUCGCUCCCGUCAGUUAUCUUUGCAAGAGAUAUAUUAUUUUGCCACUAUCUCGAAGAGGGUGCCCAGUGUCCCAGCCCUCCGUCUUAUGUUCCCAGAGGUGGCUUGAAACUCACAGGCACCAUGACUUUCACGGAGAGACUGCGGAAGCACCUCGCCUACAAGGGGGAACAUGGAUUUUGUCCCUAUUUUUUCAAAACUGCUAGAAAAAUUGCCUCUGAAGUUUUCCAGAUCCCAGUGACCAUGAAUGCCCUCUUCAACCCAGUGUCCAGUUGGUUGUUCCACAGAGAUUUUGUGUUGGAUUUCCCUAGACCUAUUAUACCCCAAAUGGUCUUGGUUGGUGGGAUCAACUGCCACCAGGGAGAGCCAUUUUCUAAGGUAUGUUGUCUCUCCUUCAGCACAUGAAGAGAGACCUGGCUUUGGAUGAUGAAGUUAUCCCUUACUGAGCUGUGGGCUGUCACUCAAACCUGUCAUUUUCAGUUUUCUUUCAGUUCUACGUUUGUUGUCAUCUCAGUUUGCUCAACACAGUCUUUGACUGGUCACACGAAGUGUGCAGUAGUGUGGCUUGUAAACCUUGCUUGCUGAUAGGCGUGUGGCCACGGGCAUUCUCAGCAACCCCAGGCUGCCUUUAUUAUUGCUUUUGGAAAUAGAGUGAGAAGCACAGUAAGAAAUGAAGCUUCCUUUUGUUCAUUCU